AUGUCAACACAUUCUGAGCAUUUAACAGCAAGAGGAGAUACACCAUCAGCACAAACAAUCUUUGUCACUAGUAAUAAUAGCGACAACAGUAGUAUUAAUAGUAGUAAUUCCUCAAUCACUACACCUUCAAAAAAUCGACCACCACCAAGCGCCUAUAUAAAAUCUCACAAAAACAUUACAUUCUCAUAUGCAAGUAACGCGGCAACCUUCCAACACGGUCAAUUAGGUGACACAGACACGUAUCUUGUCGGUACUGUGCACCUGAAUUAUGGCCAACCACGUCAGAUUCGAAGCGUUAUAUUGCAUUUAAGAGGCGCGGAAAAAACUUCAUGGUAUAAAGCACAAGCGAGAUCAAAAGCAUUGUACGUGGGUGAACAUAUUCUCGUGGAUAAUACUUUCAAGAUUUGGGAAGCAGAAGAUCAACGAGAAAUUCAAACUCUUGAUGUUCCUUUCAAAGUUAAACUUCCAUAUAAUCUACCGGAGACCAUAAAUACUGAUAUCGGCACUGUGAAUUAUGUCCUUCGUGCUACUGUUAAUCGCAAGGGGACCAUGGUGAUGGCAAAUAACCAAAUCGUCGAGGUUAAUUGUCCUUUGAAAAAGACCUUGGCCAUAGAUAAUCAGAACAAUCCCAAUUACAAGCUACGUGGCGAAUCUCGUAGUGGUCUCGAUUACACUUUUCUUUUACCGCCGAAUAAAAGUCUUAAUCUUGGAACCUAUGUCACGAUUCCAAUGCGCAUCAGAUUUCUUAAACCUGGUAUUAGUGUUGAGAGAGUGGAAAUUCAAUUAAAGACUUGCAUGGAUUUCCGGUGUAAUAAUCCAAAUGAAACACGUCAUAUAAAGGAACCAGCUGCUGCACUAAUCGUUCCACGUCAAGAAAUUCGGUAUGAACAACCAACCUCAAAAGAUUAUGAUGGCGAAUGCCAUCACACAAUCAACUUGUUCAUUCCGAGAAGUGUACAACCAACUUAUUCUGGUCGAUUUAUCAGUAUCACUCAUCAACUUCAAAUUAAAUUUUGUUUAUGGGGUGCUGAUAUGGAUUUUCAAGUGGAAGAAGGUGUACGAGUUGCAAAUAUCCUGGAGAAACAUCCGGUUACGAGUGAAAAUCAAGUCCAUCUACCUGCUCACCCACCACCUGCAACUACUGCAAAUAAUCCACCUACAUCAAAUCCAGCUAUUUUGCAGAAUCAUCUGGCUGCUAAUAUGCCACCACCACCUCCCCCUAUAGCUGCUGGACACAGGCCAAUGGAGAAUGUGUACGGAAUGUAUCCAGUUUCGUCAACGAGCGUUUAUAAUCCUCAGAUUCCUCUUGCUGGCGAAGCGUCAAUGGAUCCACGUGAUUUUAAACUACGUGGAAUUGAUCCUCGCUUUCUUGCUUAUGGACCUUUGACUGAUAGUCGCUUGUAUCAAGGUAAUCAGCAUGCAAUGCAACAAUCCUUGCAACAUGCACAUUAUCAGCAACAGCUGCAGGCUCAACAGCUGCAGGCUCAGCAUCCACGGGAUGGUGAGAGAAGACCUUCUCAAUCAACUAUGGAUCUACCACCACCACCAUUUCCAUACGACGGGUAUGCUGCUACUCAUCUCAAAAAUCAGUUCACUAAUAACCAAUCAUUUUUUCUUCAUAAUCAUCCAUCAUUGUUAUCUCAUUCUAAAAAUGCAUAUGACGAUAUACCUACCCUUGAUGCUAUCAUCCAAUAUCGGCAAAAUCUCGUUGCCCUUAAUAAAAAACUUAAUAAUAAUAGACCUGCCGCUCCAAAAACCCCCCCGGUUCAUCCUCCUCCUCCCGUCUCCCCAAUCACGAGUAUAUUGGCUAAUACGAUUGUUCCCCCUGGUAGUGAGCUAACUGGUAACAAUGAAAAAUCACCACCUUAUCAACCUUAUCAAACCCCGCUCUCACCACCACCUUAUCGGGCUGGUUAA